CCAGUCUCUCGGAUAGAAUUUUCAUUCAGUCGGUGUUUGUUGUUUCGUGAAUAAACUCCUUCGUCAAUAUCAUUGCUCAGGUGAAAUGAUGCACGUCAUCAUCCCAAUUGGUAUCGUCCUUAUGCUAUGUGUGCACAUUGGUUCAGCUCAACUGACUAACCUGCACGGUUGUCCGAAUAUCUGGGACAGCUACUAUCCGAAAUGCGGUGCGACCGAGAAGAAUAUAGGCUACGAUACGAAUGAAAGAAAAUACGUACCGAUAUGCCCAUCGAUAAGUUCAGGCCAAUAUCCGCCGAAUUGUCAUUGUCGAUAUGGAGGGAAAUAUGUGGCAUCACAGAACUCGUGUCCCGAACCGCAAUGUCCAACAAAAAGUGUCACACACGGAGCGUAUCCGAAUUGUGAAUGCACCGAACCAAACCACGAAUACAAUGCAUAUAUGAACGAAUGUGUUCGACAAUGUCCUGAGAAUAGUACAGGGCGUUAUCCCGAUUGCAAAUGUAAUGACAAAUUAGAAGUCUUCAGCAAAGAAUGGUACACAUGUGACAGAUGUCCACCGAACACCCGUCCAGGCAGUGUUUACCCGAAUUGCGAAUGUGAAAUCGGUAACUAUGUAAUUGGUCUUUGGGGAGACUACCGCAAUAGAUGCCAUAGCUGCAAGGAUGGUUUCACUGGAAAGUAUCCAGAUUGCGUAUGUGAAAAUGGCAACACUGGAGUAGACAAUUGUAGUAGCUGUCCAUGGACGUCCGAAGGCGUCUUUCCAAAUUGCAUUUGUAAAAAGAGCAAGAAACCCAUAAUGAAACACCCUUUCUAUGGUGACUACACAUGCUUGGAAUGUCCAGACGAUAGUGACGGUGUUUAUCCCGACUGCAUUUGCAACAAUGAAUUUGCAUAUUACGAAAAUAUUACCAAUAAUUGUCGCACUUGUCCAGACGAAACAAAACGGAUCGAAGGAUUUCCCUACUGUACAUGUCUCGAUGAAAACUCAAGCUUCGUCCCAGAAGUUGGUUUUUGUCGCAAGUGUCCAUAUGAUUCGAUCGGUAAAUAUCCGAAUUGUACCUGCAACGAACGCGAUCAUUUGUUUAGUGCUUAUCGGAACUUUUGCUACCCCGACUGUCUUGAACCGUCGAUAACUGGCUUGGAAUUUAAUAUGACGAAUUGUGUGAACCGAUAUGCCUAUCCGGGACGUCAAUGUCCUCCGAAUUCGAUUGGAACCAGUCCCAACUGCAAAUGUAUUGAGGACGGUAAGACAUUUUAUACGUACGGCUGGGGCUGUCACGACAUUGGUGACAUAGCUUUCGGCCUUCAGUAUUGUCCCAACAAGAGGGAGAAGUGGCCCCAGUGUAGCGUAUCAAUUGAUCCGAAAGUAACGCUUAGCUUAAUUGGAUAAUUUGGACUAUCUUGACCUACAACUGUGAUUACCGUUAUUCAAUUUUAGGUUAAGCUUCAAACAAUUUGUUGUUCAUUUGAGUAGCUUUGUGUGCUCGAAUGAAUAUGACGGAUAUAGUUCUUAAAGUCACUGAAAACGAUGUCAUGAAAAUCAAUUCAAAUAAACUUUUUACGUCUUAUA